CGAGCCUACAAUUGCUUACCCCAAUUCGCCUCCGACACCCCCCUCCACUUGCCCUCCCGCCGCCGCCGCCGCCGCCAAACGGACCGGUCGCCAUGCCUGAAGGAGGACCUCGUGAAGAAGGAUUCUUCCUCGGCUCAAUCCCGCGGGAGAAAUAUGUGGUCGUCCUCCUUGUUCGCCGAUUCGAUCUGGGAAUCGCAGAUAAUGAUAUAACUGAAAGCUAUCCGGCGGAACUGCUGGGCCCACUUAUUGCGGCUUCCUCAGAUCCUGCUGACAAGUUUUUUCCCAAGCUGGGCUACGCUGAAGAAAGCAUUCACGAGGAUGGUGUCCUCAAGGAACAACUUAAGAAUUUGGGUUUCUACCGCAUAAGUUCUCCUAACACUGUUCACCUUGGGGUUUUGGGCUUACCCUGGACAACUUAUCAUAAAAGUUAUCCAGAAAUCAAGAAGGAAAACCUUGAGGCUUUGGGUUUCCACUUCAUAAGUUGUCCUAAAAAUGUCCCAAAAAUCAGUAAGGAAGACCUUGAGGCAUUGGGUUUCCACUUCAUAACUUUUCCCUCAAAUGUUCCAGAAAACAGGAAGGGACAUCUUGAAGCUUUGGGUAUCCACUUCAUAAAUUCUCCUAAAAAUGCUCCUGGAAUUAAGAAGGGAUGUCCUGAGCUUUGGCAUUUCCACAUUGCAACUUAUCCUAAAUAUGUUCCAGACAUGACAAGACUUUCUCCUUCACUGCAUGCUCUUGGAACGCUCUCAACAUCUAGGAACUCGAUGGAUGCCGAGUUCAUUCUUCUUUUGGACUCGGGGGCAGGCUGCCACGUGGUUCACCAAGCUGAGCUGUUGACUAACCUCCGUGAUCCACCUCUUGGGCUGACUCGGGUGAAGGCUGCUGAUGGGGCACUUCUGACUGUGUCAGGCUUCGGUGACAUCCAAACAAAGGAUUUCAGCAUCCCAGAUGUUUGCCUUGUCCAGGGCCUCAAGGCGAACCUCGUGAGUGUAGGCCAACUGGUCAGCAGCCACAAGAUCUCUUGUAACUUCAAUUCGGACGGAUGUGAAGUGAUCUCCUACGAUGAUGGUUCCUUGGUAGGAAAUGCUGUGCUCCGUGACGACAACCAGUAUGUCCUCAGCUUCCUCGAAAUUCAGUAAGGUCGAAUGCUCAGACAUCCUGUUUAGGCGCAUUGAAUCUUUCGCUGUUGCUGGACAUGCUUUUUGAUUUCUGUGAUGUGGAUACUAUGUGUGUGUAUCCCUCAAGUUAGUAACUCUAAAACAUUUUGUUAGGAAGAAUGAGUCGGAGUAUGGUGAACGCAGACCACUUGGGGAUUUUAGCUGUUUUUUCCUUGAAAAAUGGCUGGCUGUAAAUCAAAACUACAUUGCGAAAAAGAACUUCAAGGAUGAGAUGAGAUGAGAUGGCAGUUGGAUUUUCAUGUCAUUACAAGUAUUCAUAGAUUGUACUUGCUUCUUUGCAACUGAACUC